AUGUGUCGCAUCUGUGGCCGCAUGGUAAAAUGCAUCUUUGACUCAAUGCCGUCGAGAGUCCCAUCACAAGUCACCAGGCAAACUCUGCGGCACCGAUCGCAGACCAGAUCGCAUCAUGUUUCAGCGCAGUCACUCGUCCACAGGGCCUUGAACAUUUCAAAACCGGCGUCUCAACCACCAACCUUCCUCCUCCCCUUCCGUGCAAAGCUACAUCAAGCCAGCAGCCAGCCAGCAAGGAGCUCGCAUGUCGACUUUGAAGACGCCAACCUAGAGAUUCCGCCGACCCUUCUGCAACCAGCCGGUGAAUCUUCACCCGCGACCACCAACCCCGAAUCAUCCCAAAGCACGACCAUGAGCAAAUCAUCAUCCCAAAGCACCUCCCGGCCGCUCGUCCUGUCCAAAUCACUACAAGAGCUGCUACCCAAGCUCCACGCCCAGAAGCCACACUACAUCACCGCACACGUGCAUCGGUUCCCGUACCUGCUGACGGAAGGAGACAUUCUUCGGCUCCCAUUCCACAUGAAAGACGUGCAUCCAGGCGACGUCCUGCGGUUGAACCGGGCCAGCAUCAUCGGGUCGCGAGACUACACGCUGAAGGCCGGCCUGAGCAGCACCGAGUCAUACGACACCAAGCGCACGGGCGAACCCAACUACCUCGACGAGCGACUCUUCGAGCUGCGCCUGCGCGUCAUGGGUCUCGAGACCGGCCCGAUGAUGGAGAUGGAGAAGAAAAAGCGCAGGAACAGGCACCGCAAAGUCGUCCACAGUAAACACAAAUACACCAUGCUGCGCGUCAUGCAGAUCAAAGUCAAGUCGCUCGACGAGUUGAGGAGCGAGAAGGGCACCUUGUUGUUGGAGUCCUAA